CAUCAUUCAUCAUUCAUCAUUCAUCAUCCAUCAUCCAUCUCUACGAUCACAAAGACAGAGACUUUACCGAUUCCAGAUUCAAACUCUAUCCAUCAUCAAAAUGGCGAAAAAGGCGGUGCUGAUCGGGAUCAACUACCCAGGAACCAAGGCUGAACUACGCGGAUGCGUCAACGACGUUCGUCGUAUGUACAAAUGCCUCGUCGAACGGUACGGAUUCUCCGAAGAGGACAUCACGGUGCUGAUCGACACCGAUGAUUCAUAUACCAAACCUACGGGGAAGAACAUCCGCAAGGCGCUUGCGGAUCUCGUCGGAUCGGCUGAUUCUGGCGAUGUUCUCGUCGUUCAUUACAGUGGACAUGGGACGAGGUUGCCCGCGGAGACAGGGGAGGAUGAUGACACUGGUUACGAUGAGUGUAUUGUCCCUUGCGAUAUGAAUCUGAUUACUGAUGAUGACUUCAGGGAUCUUGUAGACCGUGUUCCGCAAGGUUGCAGGAUGACAAUCAUCUCAGACUCUUGUCACAGUGGUGGCUUGAUCGAUGAAGCCAAGGAGCAGAUCGGUGAGAGCCAUAAGAAAGACGAUGAGGAGGAGGAAGAGGAAGAGUCUUCUUCCCGGUUCGGGUUCAGGAAGUUUUUGCGCAGCAAGGUGGAAAGCGCGAUUAGAGGGAACAAGAAGGACGAAGAUGAGGCGGACGAGAUCGAGACCAAGGAGAUAGAGCUGGAAGACGGAGAAAUGAUCCUUGCCAAAGACAAGUCUCUCCCUCUCCAGACCUUGAUCGAUAUCCUCAAGCAGCAAACGGGUAACGAUGACAUCGAAGUCGGGAAGAUCAGGCCGAGUCUUUUCGAUGCGUUUGGCGAUGACUCGAGCCCCAAAGUGAAGAAGUUCAUGAAAGUGAUCUUAGGUAAGCUUAAAGCAGGAGAAGGAGAAGGUGGGCUGAUGGGGAUGCUUGGGAAGCUAGCUUCAGGGUUUCUUGAAGGGAAGCUUAACGAUGAUGACUAUGUGAAGCCUGCUAUGCAGACGGAAGUAGGGAGGAAAGAAGAGGUUUAUGCAGGUGGGUCUAGAGGUUCGGUUCCGCUUCCAGACAGUGGGAUAUUGAUCAGUGGUUGUCAGACUGAUCAGACCUCUGCUGAUGCGACUCCGCCGGGGAAGCCGAGUGAAGCUUAUGGAGCGAUGAGUAAUUCGAUUCAGAAGAUAUUGGAGGAGACUGACGGUGAGAUAUCGAACAGAGAGAUGGUGACGAGGGCGAGGAAGGCGUUGAAGAAGCAAGGGUUUACUCAGCAGCCAGGUUUGUAUUGCCAUGAUGGUUAUGCAAAUGCUCCUUUUAUCUGUUGAGAAAAACACUAUUGAUGCUUUUUAUUUAUACCGACCGUUGGUGGUGUUCUGGUCGGGGAAUAAGCCUCUGUUUGAGAGCAUUUGUGUAA